AUGAGCACAAGGCGAGUGGUGGUGGAGGCGCCCGCCGAGGCCAGCCCCAGCAUGCCCCUCCAGAGGCACCGGGCAUCCUUCAGGGGAGCACGGGUAUCUCCCCUGGAAAGCCCCCCGGCCUCCAGGACCAACGCUGUGGGUGGUCUCGUCCGAGCACCCAGGGUCUAUGUAGGGAUGGCACCCAGUGUGUCCACAAGUGGCCUGGCCGCCCGUGUGACCCGCAGGGCCCUGGGCAUCAGCAGUGUCUUCCUGCAGGGCCUGCGGAGCUCAGGAACCACGGCACCUGUUCCAGGCCUAGAGAGGGACCUCAGUGCCGUUGAGGACCUGGGGGGGUGCCUGGUGGAAUACAUGGCCAAGGUGCACGCCCUCGAGAAAGUCAGCCAGGAGCUGGAGGCACAACUGCGGAUGCACCUGGAGAGCAAGGCCGGGCGCUCGGAAAACUGGGGUGCUCUCAGGGCCUCCUGGGCCAGCAGCUGCCAGCAGGUGGGAGAAGCAGUCCUGGAAAAUGCCCGGCUCAUGCUGCAGACGGAGAAUAUCCAGGCAGGUGCGGACGACUUUAAAGAGAGAUAUGAAAAUGAGCAGCCAUUUCGAAAGGUAGCAGAAGAGGAAAUUAACUCUCUGUAUAAAGUCAUCGAUGAAGCUAAUUUGACAAAAAUGGAUCUGGAAAGUCAAAUAGAAAGGCUGAAAGAAGACUUUGGCUUUCUGUCAAGGAGCUAUGAAGAGGAUGUGAAAAUGCUGUACAAACAGUUGGCAGGAUCUGAGCUGGAAAAAAUGGAUGUUCCCAUUGGCACUGGUCUGGACAACAUCCUUGAGACCAUCAGAAUUCACUGGGAGAGAGAUGUCGAAAAGAACCGGGUGGAGGCAGGAGCCUUGCUCCAAGCCAAGCAACAGGCAGAUGUGGCCCGCAUGGCCCGGACCCAGGAAGAGAAGCUGGCUGCUGCCCUCAGGGUGGAGUUACACAACACUUCGUGCCAAGUCCAGAGCCUCCAGGCUGAGACGGAAUCCUUGCGGGCCCUGAAACGAGGCCUGGAGAACACCCUGCACGAUGCCAAGCACUGGCACGACAUCGAGCUGCAGAACCUGGGCGCCGUGGUCGGCCGGCUGGAGGCGGAGCUGCGGGAGAUGCGCGCCGAGGCCGAGCAGCAGCAGCAGGCGCGCGAGCAUCUGCUGGCGCACAAGUGCCAGCUGCAGAGGGACGUGGCGGCCUACCACGCUCUGCUGGACCGGGAGGAGAGCCGUUCAAACGACUACAAGGCCACAGGUCGCUCUGGGCCAGCAGACACACGUGUACCCUACGCAUGCGCCGAGGCGGGACCCACCCACCCCUUCGACCGGACCUCUUCAGCCAAGUCACCAACCAGUCCUCUAAAUGCCCGCCCUCAAGGCUAA